CACGUUAACAGCACCGCCGUGUCAGUCUCAGUUCUACCAGACGAUCGUACGCAUCCUGCACAGUGGUGUUGAGAGUGUAUCGCAAAGUGCGCGUGUGCCUGCAUCAGCAGAAAAAAAAGAAUAAUAAAGACAACUCAAAUUUCGGAACGACUAGUUCCGGUGUGCAAAUUUCGCUGUCCAGAAAACAAAGGUCUUUCCGACAGUAAACCAACCAUUCCGGUAUCAAAACUGAGGCCAUGUCAGAAGCGGUCGUCAUGAAUCGGGUCUUUCGAUACUUUAUGAAAUUCCACGGCUACUUCAUUGCAUUCUGUACCAUCUUCUUCACGUCGGUGAUCAUCGUGACCUCAUUUAUGGGCCGCAGCAUACACGAAGAACCGUUCAUUAUUGAGGAGGAAUAUGAACCAGUGCAAAGAUAUCCGGUGUUGAUCCAGGUAGAAUCAAUGCUGUGGCUGUGUGCAUCUGUGAUAUUAGCCAUCGGAUUGUAUAAGGAGAACAAAACAUUCCUUACCCCGUUUCUGGCGCUGUUCAUCAUCGAUGGGGCGGUUGUGAUUGUGCAGGAAAUCGUGAAUCUCUGCACCGGACGGGAAUCCGAACUGGCUACCAUCGAAACUCGCCAGCUGGUGGUGAUGAUACUGGUCAACGUGUACGUGUUGGUCAGUCUGAUAGUGUUGUACCGGAUGUUCGCCAAGGGACCGCUGCCGGCCUCCCAGAACAGCUUUGUCCGGUUCGACAACGAGCGGGACGUGGAAGCCCAAACACAGGCCACCGCACCGGGCCACAUUCAGACCUACCAGAGUCAAACCCCGCAGCCACAGCCGCAGCUAAGCUCACAACAACUGCAGCAAAAUCGAAGCUAGUGUCGUUGUUCGACUAGGUCUUAUUUAUAGACGGUAGGUAUGGUAUUAGUAGCUGCACCCUUCGGGUGUAAUGUGGCUAACAGCUAGGGCAUAGUCAAUUCCCUAUCAUUUAAUAUCAUUAUUUUUAUAAUUAUUAUAACACUGUUGUUGUGCGUAAGUGAUCUAUGACUGUAUAUGUAUAUAGCGACAAUGAAAAAAAAAAGAAAAAAAGAAAAUCGUUGAAGGAAAACAGAA